AAAUCGAGGAAUCUAAGGUAAAAGCAGAGCUCGCAGCUACACAUUAUAUAAGGACACAAACCAGGAGAAGCAUUCACAGCGUGUGAAAAACCAAAGCGAGAGGACGCGAGAGAGAGAGAGAGAGAGAGAGAGAGAGAGAGAGCACUUUCCUCUUUCUUUUCGGUUGCUCUGCGAUCAUUUUCCUUCAUCUUCUUCCUCAGCCCCCUCUCUGAACUCCCCGCUUCUCCGAUCCCUUUCUGUCAUCGUCUGUCUUGCAGAGUCUGUUGUCUUGGUUUUGAGUUUGUUCUUUUCUUCUUGCUUUGAUUUCUAUCAAGAGGGUUUAUUUUUCUGUACCCUCAGCUUGUGUGUGUGUGUGUGUGCGCUCUUCCUUUGGCUUGUGAAGAAAACCUUUUCUAUCGAGUUGGUUUUCUUGUUCUGCGUUUACAGUUUUGUUGCCUGUUCCUUUGGUUUUGGUAAGAAACAGGUGAUCUUUCUUAUUACGUCUAACGAGAAACCUUCUUGAAUUUUCCCGUUUGUGUUUUUGCUGAGGGAGAAAUGGCAGCAGCUGUGGAAUUCUACAAUAGCAACGCACCGUCGCCAGCUUUCUCAGAUCCCUUUAGAGAAGAACUCAUGAAAGCACUGGAGCCUUUUAUGAAGAGUGCUUCCCCUGUUUCUUCUCCAUCGUCAUCGUCGCCUUGUGACUCGGUCUCUCCACCGCCACAGCCCAAUCUGAGCCCUGGCCUUUGCUCCCCGUGGAAAGAAAACCAGAUGGGUCUCGAGCAAUCCAGCUCGAUUGGGCUCAACCGUCUCUCCCCUUCUCAAAUCCUCCAUAUCCAAGCCGAAAUGCAACUCCGACGUCAAAAUCAAGAACUUUCGUUAGCUUCCACUGUGAAUUCUCUUCACCAACAUGAAAAAUUCGACCACUCACUGAGCCAAAACUACCAUGGCGCUCCCCAUCUCCUCAGGCCGAAAGCCCUCCCGAUGAAGCAAGUGGGAGUCUCUCCGAAACCCAACAAGCUGUACAGGGGAGUGAGGCAGAGGCACUGGGGGAAAUGGGUAGCUGAGAUCAGACUUCCCAAGAACAGGACACGCCUUUGGCUCGGCACUUUCGACACCGCCGAGGAGGCUGCUCUGGCUUACGACGAAGCCGCAUACAAGCUCAGAGGAGACUUCGCUCGGCUGAAUUUCCCUCACUUGAAGCACGGUGCUUCGUAUCUCUGCUAUUACAAUCCCCUCCAUUCCUCUGUCGAUGCAAAGCUCCAAGCGAUUUGUCAGAGCUUGGCAGCUAAUUCGCAGAAGCAGGGGAAAACAGGGGAGCCCUGUUUUUUCCCAAAUCGGGGUACGGAGACUUUCAAUGCAGCCGCGGAAGCUGACGAAGAAAUGGUCCUCAAUAUCGCACUAAAGAAUGAAUACGACACCGAUUUCGCGUACCCAGACCAGGAUUGCAAGGUGGAAAAUUUAGUGUCUUCGCCGGCCUUUUCCGACGAGUCCUCGUUGGCAGGGUCUUCUUCGCCGGAAUCCAACCUGGCGCUGUUCGAUUUCCCGCAUCCGCAGUUUGGGAUCGAGAAUUUCUGCUUGGAGAAGUAUCCUUCGGCCGAGAUCGAUUGGGCAGCUAUUUGAGUCUGCACAUGUUGAUGUUCCUGCACUGCUCUAAUUCCCCUUUUGUUUAGGUCCUUCCUGUCCAUAAGUUGGUGGUGGUCUUUAGCAGUCUGUUCUAGUUUCUAGGGAUGGUGUCUCCAGAGGCUUCCAACAAUGGUAUUUUUUUGACAUUUGUUGAAGUCCUGUUGAGUGAGCCAUUAGAGGUGGUGGGGGAGUACAUUUACAUCAGGUAGCUUACAAAAUUUCUCCAUCUGUUCUGCUGGUUGUUUUUUUCCUUUCACUGGCUUGACCAUGGAGAAAUUUCAGUCUCUAUUUGUAGGUUUCCACUGGUUUUUUGUACUUGAACCUUGUUCACUUUAUAUCUCAGUGAGCGUUUACUCUUGUACUUUCAUCAA